AAUUUCUUCAAAAUGGCGCUACUUACAAAAAGGAGAAGUCUGCGGUGUGUUUAUUUUAUGAUUAUCGACCCAUGAGGACGCUAUUUUCUUGACUUGAUGAACUAUUGAAGCUGUGCUUCAGAAGCUUACGAAAAGUGUACACCAUGGAAAGGAGUUUUAAUGAAGUGUACAGAGAACUAGCACAGAUCCACAGCAGGGAACUUAAAGAAUUAAAAGAUAAAACUGAUUCAUGGAGAGAAAGAUUUGAAAAAUUGAAAGCACAAAAGCAAAAAUGUCAGGAUGAAUACCAUGCCCAGAGAGUGGAGAACCGAGGUCUGUGUAAGGAAGUGGCUAACCUACUCGACACUGUCAGCAAGCUCCACUCCAGGGAAGUGGGUGUGAAGUGUACCAUGUGUGAGACCUUACAGAAAUCUCUAGACACACUAAGGCAGUCGUACAGUGAUAGUCUGGAGGAAAAGGACAGGAUCAUUGCCUUAUUAGAUGCAAGAUUGACAGAAGUUUCAGGUGGAGAAUCACUCCUGCCAAAACUCAAGCUAAGGUUUUCCACUCCAAAAAAACAAGAUGAAGCAAAGGCAGUAUCGAUUCGACCAUCCAGCAGGAAGCAGAGUCCAGACUCCACCAUGCGGACAACACCACUGAAGGACAGGGACAUGGUUUCAGUGAGCUCAGAUGUGUCAGGACCAGGUGGGCAGAACAAGGGGACAAAACUCUGUUUAUCUCGGGGCCAGAAACGGCACAGAUACACUGCAGAGACAAUUUCCCCAGACCAGAAACGACAAAAAAUUGCUAAGAGAAAUGAUUCAUCAGGGGGAAAAAAAGAGCAUAUUCUGGUUCCUGAGACAUGUGACCUCUACAACCAAUCAAAUGUCAGUGCUGGGAGUGAAAUAGUUUCAUUGGAUGAUAGUUUACGCAGUCCUAAUGUAUACAGGAAAAGAGAUCAGGGUGGAGGUCAGAGGCAGGGGGGGGAGACUGGUGGGAAUGUUGAAGAGGUUUGUGCCACAGAUAUUCAGAUCAUUCCGGAAACUGUGAACUUUUUUGAUGCAUACCCAUCAUCAUCAGAAGAAGAAGAAGAAGAAGAGGAAAUUUGUACACAGUCAACGAUAAAACGUGCACCAAGCCAGAACUACAGUUUACGAAGUGUGCUGUGUAGUCCUCCGUCAUCAGAUGGCGAAGACUGCCCCACGGACAUGAGGAAUGUUGUCAGUCGCCGAACAAUGCAGCUCAGUGGUCAGAGUGUUGUUAUGGAGACGGAGGAGGAGAAGCGAUGUGAGAGGAGAGUUGCCAAGACAAUUUCUGAUGGAAUCAAUGUUACUUCAAAUAGUAGGUCUCAAGUUUCAGGUAGAUGUGUUCAACAAAAUGAGAGUAUUACCUGCAAAGGGUCACAGAGGGAAAAAGAUAGUGAUAAGUGCACAAGGUCUAACAGAGAUAGGAAACAGGAUGGGCCGUCAAAACAAGAUGACAUGUUCCUAAGUGUUAAACCUUUCAAAAGAGAAACCUUGCUGCUGGCUCAAGAGAAGCUUGUAAAUGGAAAGCAGAAUUCUCGUGAGGAAAGGAAAAGUACUAGAACCUCACAGAAGACAAAUCUGCAGACGAAUUCACAUUGUCAGUCCCCGUCUGCUCUGCUUCAAUCCCCUAUCACUAAGGUAGGGGGUGUACAAGAAGACAGUAUAGAGUCUCCGUCACUUCUCCAGGGGUCAAAGACGGAGGAAGUUGGGGAGGAGCCGGAAUCUCCAUCCAUACUGAGGGGUUCUAAUUUGAUGGACGAUGACAUCACAAUUAUUGACAGUCCAAGGUCAAGUUUGAAAGAAAAAACUAGCAAGAGAGCUGAAGAACUGUGUUUCAAGGAGAAACUUGACCAAGUGGACGAGGAUGAGUCUCCAUGUAUUUUAAGAUCAAAGACAAGAAUGAAUUCAAGGGGAUCAAGCUUGUCUGUUGUCUCCUUUGAACCUUUGAUUCCCAACAGUAAAUCACCAAAAAAGAAAGCCCUAAAGUUAGGUAAAGGGAGUAAAGUGGAACUUGUCACCAGCAACGAUGAUUCCUUAUCGUCACGGCAACUACGCCAGACUACUCUGAGUCAAGUUUUCAACAACAGUCCUCCAAGAAGAAGAAAGAAGAAAACUGACUCACAGGAAGAAGAGGAUCUACAGAAAGCAAUACAAUUGUCGCUGAGAGACACGGAGCGUCCGAGUAGCUACAGAAUUGGAGGUGAUGUCACAGAGGAAGAUGUGGAAGACACAACGAAGGAAAAUACUCCACCUUUCAAAAAACCAGUGAUACCUUCCAAGAAAAACAGAAGUCGCCACUGUUCAUCGGAAAGUCCUCUGAAAAGAGCUGCAUGGACUGACAAGGGGUCAUCCAUGCUAAGUGGUCAAAGGUCACCUGGUAAGAGAUCAUCAAUGGUACAUGAUCAAAGGUCACCUGGCAAGGGGUCAUCAUUUGUACAGAGUCAAAGGUCACCUGGCAAGGGGUCAUCAAUUGUACAUGGUCAAAGGUCACCUUACAAGGGGUCAACGAUUCUGCGGGGUCAAAUGUCAAAUGUAAUUGACUUAGAUGAAACAAUGUCACCUGAUUCGGCAAGACUGGAGAAACAGUCCGAACACAAAAGUUACUUCGGAAAGAAAAAAUUGUCAUCUGUUGAUUGUGAUGCUUUAAGUAGAAAUGGAAGUAUGGAUCCGAAUGUACAUUUGUCAGUGCUGUGUGACGAAGAUUCAGAACUUAUCUUGGAAAAAGUUCCGACAAGAAAGCAGUUAUCGUUCCAUAAACAAGAGGGUGCUGGAAUAAAGGAGAGUGCCUCUGUAGAGUUCGACUUCGAUGAAAUCCACGUCCCCUCUUUAAACGACAGCGUGGCCACUCUGAGAGAUUUUCGAAUCGAUGAUUUGGAACAUGGAGACAAUGAGACUGAAUCGCGGCGUCUAACCUCGACAUGUAUUGACGAGGAUUCUCAGAGUAUUCCUUGUAGCUCACGAAGUGUAAAGUUUGGGUCAAGGAAAAAACGUGCCAUCGUCACAACUGGCUACACUUUAGAAGAUACCAAAGAGAAGGAUCCUGGUAAAUCAGAAGAGGAGCAGGAACACGUUGCACGGCUUAAUGACAGUUUUGAUAAGGUACCUGACAAGGCAGAGUCUAAGUAUGCCUUUGUGGGCGUGGUGAGGAAACAGAAUGAGAGACGUAAUCUGAUUGGCUACGAGUGUAAGGAAUGCUAUGAGUACUACUCUGCGAUGGGUUUGGGUGAAGAGGAGAUCAAAGAGAGAGUGCAGAGCUGUUCUAAGCACCGUGCCCACUAUGUACCACCACAGACCCCGCCCCAUUUCUGGUCCAUUGGCUUCCCCGACACACAGGAGUGUGAGGAGAGAGGCUAUCUGAACAAGGAAGAGGAUAUGGACGAGUGUGAUAUACGACCAGCAUUUAGGAGACGAAGGAAACUGAAAAAAAUAUUUAAGUCCAAAGAUGAAUCGGAAGAAGAAGAGAAUGUUUCUGACUCGGGGAGUUAAAGAGAAUAUUUCUACCUCAGGGAGAUAAAUAAAUUGUGUCCGACAUGGAAAGGCGAAGAAAACGUUUCCAACUUGGAGAGAUGAAGAGAAUAUGUCGGACUCGGAGAGGAUUGGAGACACUGAUAGUGUUCUCAAGUAAUGAAUAAUUAUAACUCGGGAAGUUAAACAGAAUACUUUUAUCCUAGGGUUAUAAAUAAAUUGUGUCUGACAUGGAAAGACGAAGACAACGUUUCCAACUUGGAGAGAUGAAGAGAAUAUGUUGGACUCGGAGACGAUUGGAGACACUGAUAGUGUUAUCAAGUAAUGAAUAAUUAUAAAUUGUGUUUCUACCUCAGCUGUUCCUAUUUAUCAUCUCCCAGGUCAUCCAUUAAAUGAAAGAUGUUAAUUAAACUAAAGUGUUUAUAAACCUGCUGUUUAAACCUGUCUCUCUGAUUGGUUAAAUUCCUGAACUUUUGAGCCUAGCAGUUUGAACAUUAACUCUCGAUUUUCAUGGUCCACUUUUAUGGACAUUCAUCUGUGAUGAAGUGCCGUAAUGGUUGCUGAAAUUUCAUGGACGUACAGAAUUAAUUAAAAUAGAUCUCUAUCAAAUUUGAAGUAAAAAAUAAAAUAAAUUUUGGGUUGAACUCAUUCACCCC